AUGGGAUCACAUUCACUGCCCUCCGCGUCAGCGGCUGAUGCUGUUGCAAAGCUAGCAGCAGCCGAAGCUUUGAAAUCAACUGCCGCUCCUGCCGCCUCUGCCCCUGGCGGUAGUACAGAGACAGCUUCAUGUACCGCACUAGGUGCGAGUGCAGCUGUCGGGGAUUCUGGUGCGGUGGACCCAGAAGCUGAGGCGGAGGCCUACGAGCGUGCCAACGUCCACAACGUGUACGAGGCUAUUGCACCGCACUUUUCGGCCACGCGGUACAAGCCCUGGCCUGCCGUGGCCCAGUUCCUGCAUGCCCAGCAGCCUGGAUACGUAGGUCUCGAUGUGGGCUGUGGCAAUGGCAAGUACUUGGGUGUCAACAAGAACACUUUCAUGGUGGGCUCGGAUCGGAGUGCCAACCUUGUUUCUCAUGCCAACGAGCGUGUGAAGGAGCUGCAGAAACCGCAGCAGCCUGAAGCUGAAGUCGCGAGAGCCCAAACAGGUGCCAGCAAGGAGAAGAAGCAAAAAGGAGAGGGUGAGUCAGAGGCUCAGGAUGCCGUCAUUGGGAAAGAAACAGCCAGGGAGGUGGCAGUGGCAAACGACGUGCUUGUGGCCGAUGGGCUAUCGCUGCCCUUUCGCGAAGGCCGAGCUGACUUUGCUAUCUGCAUCGCCGUCAUCCACCACAUGUCCACCCGAACUAGACGACAGGAGGCCAUUCGACAGCUCCUGAAAUGCGUCAGACCCGGCGGUCAAGUCAUGGUGUACGUCUGGGCGUUAGAGCAGGGCGAGAGUCGUCGUGGAUGGGACGAGGACGGAGAGCAGGAUCUGUUGGUCCCUUGGGUGCUGAAGAGUCAACAACCCAAACCCAAGAAGGAAAAGCAGCCAAAGGUCCAGAAGCAGGGAAAGCAAAAGCGGCGGCAGCAGGACCAGAAUAGCAGCGAGCCACAGGAAGCUAUCGCCGGUCAAAAUGUUGGGGAAAAUGUUGAGGCCCCAACAUCAUCGUCAACAUUAUCAUCAUCGUCCAUCCCGAAAGACACUAGCACGGCGAUCGGCAGCGGCACGGGGGCGGGCGUAACCGAGCCCGCAAGCGCAGACGCAGACGCAGCCGCAGCCGCUACCGCGACGGCGGAUGCGCAUGGCUCUGAUGCCAAGGCCAAGACCGACACCGGGGGUGUCGCCGCCAAUGCCGCCGACCCAGUCUUCCAGCGCUACUACCACCUCUACCGUAAAGGUGAGCUGGAAGAGGAUGUGUUGGCAGCGCAAGGCGCAGUCGUCAUGAGCGGAUAUGAGCGCGACAACUGGUGGGUCGUGGCUACCCACGCUACCAAUGACGAACAAUAG